AUGUCUCCACCCUCUAGCUCUGGAUCUUCAGGAGAACUGACAGUAGAAGAAGGACUGGAGGAAAAAGAAUCAACAAGUGCUUCUCCAGAGGAAAACAGAUUAACUGGAGAAUGUGCAACUUGGGGCAUGCUAUCAUAUAGAGCGAUAAAUGGCAAAAUAUUCAACUGUGAAUCCCAAAGCACAAUAUCCUUUGGUCGCCAAUGUGGGGAAAAUCCUGAGUUUAAUGUGGAAAUAAAACGCAACAAAGAGGGAAAUUUUGAGACAUUAUGGGGCCAGAUAAGUGGUGUUGAAUUUGAAUAUGUUGACGGUGACAUUCUUGUUAACGGUAACAAGAUUAGUGAAGAACAAUAUAACAGCAAACUAGUAACGCUUUCAAAGAAUGGAAGGCAAAUGAAAUUUUAUGACAACCAAGAAAAUGUGAUAUUCUCAUGGAACAAAAAUCAAUUUUCUUUGAAGCUCAGAAAGGCUUACGAAGUAUGUGGUCUUUGCGAAGGAUUUAAAAAUAAUCAAGACCAAAAAGAGUUUUUUGAAAGACACAUAACUGAAAGAAAUGGUGAAACUACAAUUAUUACACCUGACCCUGACCCUGAGGAUGAAGGAACAAAGUAUUGUAGCAAAACCAUUUUAAAAUGGUUUUCAUCACUGGACUAUGGGAGUGCUUCAACAGAUGAUUACAUCAAAGCAUGCGCUUGUGAAUACAACUGCUCAGAGAAUGACAAAAGGGCAUGUACAUGUUCAACACUUUCUGAAUUAGCACGGAUGUCUGGAAAUGAAGGGUGUUCAGACUCUUUGAGGUUAUGGAGACAAGAUGAAAAUGUAAUAUGUGUGGUGCCACAACAGUGCCCUGAAAAUCAAAUCUAUGAUGAAUGUGCUCCUAAUUUAAAACCAUCAUGUUCCAAUCAAGAGCCUUUAAAAGAAAAAGGAGUGGUUGGUGGUUGUGCAUGUCCGGAAGGUCUUGUUGUUAAUGACACUGGAAAAAGCAAGAAAUGUAUUCCUAAGUCCAGUUGCCCAUGUACAUUUGAUGGUAAAAUAUAUCAAUCUGGAGAAACACGUCAAAGUAUUUGCAACUCUGCCUGCAUCUGCAAUAGCGGCACAUGGAAUUGUUCUAAAGAAAGCUGUCCUGGAACAUGCAAGGUGGAAGAAGGAAUAUCUAUUACAACAUAUGAUGGCAACACAUACAGCAUACAUGGAAACUGUGACUAUGUUUUCUCAAUGCACACCAACUGGUUAGUUUAUGCUGUACUGAGUCAGAGAGAGGAUGAUCAGUCAUCAACCAUUAUCACCAGUGUUACUCUGGUUCUAAAUCCGGGAAAUCAGGAAAGUAAAUUCAAAUGCAGCAGUGAUGGAGUCGUUGAGUAUGAAAAAAUUACGAAUCAAAAUUUCUUUCAAUCAGAUCAAUUAGGAUUUUACAGGUCUGGCUCAUCCAUCUUAGUGCAAACAAAUUUAAAUGUAAAUAUGCUGAUACAGACUGGGAAAACAAUGCAGUUUUACAUCUCUGUUCCAAGCACUGGAUAUCAGGAUACAAAAGGACUUUGUGGAAGUUUUAAUAGUAAAGCAGAAGAUGAUUUUCAAACAGAUCAGCAUAUGACGGAGUCUUCACCAGAAACAUUUGCUGUGUUUUGGAGGUUGUCGACUUGUCUUAAUCCAGUUUCUCCUACUUGUAUUGACCUGAAGAAAGAAACAUUUGCAAGUCUGCAUUGCUCACAACUGAAGGAUCCUAAUGGGGCCUUUGCUACAUGCCACUCUGCUUUGCCUUAUGAAACCUACUAUGAGAAAUGCAUGCAUUUGACCUGUGUAAGUCAAUACAUGACUACUAGCAUGUGCACAGAAUUAAAGAAUUAUGCCAUGGCCUGUGCUGAAAAAGGAAUCUAUAUACGUGACUGGAAUAAUGAACUAUGCAAGGAAGAAUGUCCAAACAACCAAGUUCUUGAUUACCACUAUGUAUCUUGCUAUCAAACAUGCUUUUCAUUAUCUUAUGGUGACACAUGUAUUCGUGAGGGAAUAAAGACAUCAAUAUGUGGAUGCUCAGAAGGACUAUAUCUCAGGGCUGAUGGAGUCUGUGUGCCUAAAGAAGAUUGUGACUGUCACCUUGCCUAUGGCACAUUAAAAGCUCAAGAGCCAAUUGUAAUUAAUGAAAGAAAUUGCGCAUGUAUUAAUGGUCAUGUACAAUGUCCUAUGGAUGAAAAUAAUACAUCAGAAAUAUGCACUGGAGGAGCACAAUUUGUUGACUGCAGCUUUCCAAAUUCCCGAAGAAGAACUGAAUUAAGAUGCAAUUCCAGACAUUUACAAUUCUGGCAUGAUGAGGGAGAAUGUAAGCCUGGAUGUUACUGUCCAGAGCCACUGGUUAGAAACUCUAAUGGACAUUGUAUAGAUCCUUCAGACUGUCCAUGCAGUUUUGGAGGGAAUGAUUAUGAAAAUGGGAAACAUUUACGAUAUUCCUGUAAUGACUGUGUUUGCAAUAAAGGUACAUGGGAUUGUACGAAAAACAAAUGUAAAACACAGUGCGAUAUUUAUGGUGAUGGAGUGCUCCAGACUUUCGAUAAAUUGUGGUACAAUUAUGAUGGUAUCUGUCAGUAUAUACUUGUUCAGGAUAAUUGCAAUCAGGCUAAAGGGACGUUUACAAUUUCUGUACAAAGUGUUGCUUGCUGUCAGGAUGGACUUACCUGUGCACGGAAAGCUUUAAUUUCUAUUCAGAAUACAAAUAUUAUCCUUCAAGAUGGUCAAGUGAAAACUGAAAAUUUAGGGAACCAUUCAGUCAACAAUUCUGGUAAUCCUUAUUCAAUAUAUGAAGUUGGACUGUUCAAGGUAGUCGAAUUAGCAUUUGGCAUCACUGUACUUUGGGAUGGAAACACUAGGGUUUCAAUCAUCGCUAACCCAGAAUGGCAUGGAAAACUGUGUGGUCUUUGUGGAAAUAACAAUGAAGACCUGAAAGAUGAAUUUAUGGCUAAAGAUGGAUCUGUUUCACCUUCAAAAGGGAAAUUUGCAAAUACCUGGAAGACUGACCAAUCUUGCCAAGACACAGAUGUGCAGACGAGCCCAUGUGAUCGCAAUUAUUACUGUAAACCAUGGGCUCUAAAAAAAUGUCAGAUCAUUAAGGGAAAUGCCUUUAAAGACUGUCACAACAAGGUUCCUUCAGAACCAUUUUAUCAAGCAUGUAUGAGAGAAGCCUGUGCGUGUGAUGUGGAAGGAAAGUAUUUUGGCUUUUGUACCAGUGUGGCAAUGUAUGCUGAAGCUUGCAGCCGAGCAGGUGUAUGUGUUCAAUGGCGUACCCCUGAAGUUUGUCCUGUCUACUGCGAAUAUUUCAAUCAACAUGGUGAAUGCACAUGGCAUUAUAAACCCUGUGGAUCAAAACCGGUAAAGACGUGCCAUAAUCAAGCAAUGGGCUCCAACUUGUCAACAUAUUUAGAAGGUUGUUAUGCAAAAUGUUCUGAAAAAGCACCAUAUUUGGAUGAAAAUAUGAAAAAGUGUGUGCCUCUUUCUAAAUGCAGUUGUUCGCAUAAGGGACAAGUAAUAACCGCAAAUGGACAUAUAACAGAUGAACAUGGGAGAAAAUGUCACUGCGUAAAAGGAUCUGUCACUUGUACAGACUGA